ACGUACUUUGCUUUUUUAGGCAUAAGUUUCGCGCGCGCUCGCGCGUCUAUGGAUUUCUGUUUCUCUUUACUACAGAAAAAGAUGGGUACAAAUGCACGAUCGGUGAUUACCCUACUAUCCAAACCUCGGACCGAACUACAAGAGCACGCCGUCCAACAGUUCCGGCUAUUAAACAAACGUCAAUCAGCACGACUUUCCUCAAAACACCAUGACGUAAACUCGCGUUACAGCAUGUCUGUAGCCGAAGGUCCAGCAGGCCAAAUCAAGAAUCGUUAUAGCAACAUUAUACCAUUUAAUCGCAAUCGCAUCAGGCUCGAGCGAUCCGAUCUAUUAGGCGAUGGCAUUGGUGGCGAAGAAACCCUCAUUGAUCCGAGCCGAGGUGACGAUUACAUUAACGCUAGUCUCAUCGAACCACCGUUGAAUAUCCCUCGUCGAUAUAUCGCCACACAAGGACCACUUCAAUCCACCAUAGGUGACUUUUGGCGUAUGAUCGUGGAGAAGAACACAAAACUUAUUGUCUGUCUCAGUCCAGAGCUGGAAAAUGAUCAGGAAAAAUGCGCUCGGUAUUGGCCCGUCGAGUCUGAAUGCAAAGAGAUACCCCUGGGAACAGGUGACGACGACGACGAACAACAGCUGCUAUUGAAUCGACAUCGAACAUUACGUGGAUUAUUACGGUUACGAAAUCCUACCACUACUGCUAAACGGGACGAGGCACGGAAUGUCGUGGUGCGGGUACAAAAUAUAGAACCCGAGCAAGUGGAUCGAGAGGCUGAUUGUGUUGUACGGCGUAUCCAAGUGUCGUUCGUGGAUACGAUCAAGAACAGUGUGAUUGCAUCAGAAACAGUAACCCAGCUACAAUUUCUCGGCUGGGCGGAUUUCAGUGUGCCGGAUCAAACGGAACCUGUCAUUGCCCUUUCAGACUGCGUGGAUCGACUACAACCUCAGGGCGCAGGACCUAUCGUUGUACAUUGUAGUGCUGGAUGUGGUAGAACAGGAACGUUUUGCGUAAUCAACAGCGGGUUAGCAUGGCUACGCUCGGCAUUGAGCUCAGAUACUGGCGGUAGCGGUGACAACGGCGAGGUUCUCGAUGAUGAUCUCGUUUAUACAUUGGCAGACGCGUUCCGCAAACAACGUACCACCAUGGUUCAAGCAGCAAGCCAAUUUCUUUUCUGCUACAGAGCCCUUUAUGACGGAUAUCGGCUCGAAUUCGAACAAGCGGCUUGACUGUAUGUUUAUUUUUGACAAAGCACAAUAAUAAUGUGGCAUUUAUACACCUGAGAAAUUUAGUAUCUAUCGCUUUUUUUACCGUCCUUACAACCAUUUGAUAGAAACCCCCCACUUAAUUAUACACUACUAGCAUCACAUAAUUAAAAUCAUCUUAUACAUACGCAUAUAUGAUGAAAAUCUUGAACUUCUU